GGGAUUCUGCUUUCUCUGGACUGUAUUAUGUUUUACCUGGUUCCUGGGAUUCACACAGGGAAAUUCUGAAGAUGUGGAUGUUCUUCAAAGACUGGGCCUGUCAGGGAAAAGGCCAUCGAGUGGAUGGUCCUCAUCACGUACAGUUCCUCAAGGAGUCAUUCCUUUCAAAUCAGGGGUCAUCUUCACUCAGCGAGCGCGUGUCGAAGCACCAGUCAGCACCAUCCUCUCCGCAGGCUCCAGCACUGAUCUGCUCCUAGUGCUGAGCCUCUGCUCCCACCGCAUCAACAAUGCUUUUCUCUUUGCUGUCAAGAGCAAAAAGAAAAAACUGCAGCUGGGGGUCCAGUUUGUGCCUGGGAAGAUCAUAGUGUAUGUGGGUCACAAGCGCUCUGUAUAUUUUGAUUACAAUGUCCAUGAUGGCCAGUGGCACAAUAUGGCCAUCGAUAUCCGUGGCCAGACAGUCACUUUAUUUACUUCUUGUGGGAAGCGCAGAGUACAUGCGGAUUUGCAUUUUAAAAAGGACGAGGCAUUGGAUCCACAUGGAUCUUUCCUCUUUGGGAAGAUGAAUCAGCACUCCGUGCAGUUUGAAGGAGCCAUCUGCCAGUUUGAUAUUUAUCCUUCCACCAAGGCAGCUCAUCAUUACUGUAAAUACCUGAAAAAACAGUGCAGGCAAGCAGACACCUACCGGCCGAACCUGCCCCCUCUCAUCCCCCUCCUGCCCAGGGAUCCCAGUGCCUCCCCGAGUACCCCACAGCAUAUGGAGUCCUCACUGCAGGGUCUGAAAAACCUGACCACUGCUGCCCCAUCCUUGGAGUUUGGCAGGGUCACCGCACCCCUCAAGACUCGAGGUUCAGGUGCAACAACCGUCGCAUUGGUAUCAUCCCCACCAAGACUGACAACCAAAGCCAAAAAGGUCACAGUGGCCCCAUCUCCUGUUCCAUCAAGUACCGAAACACAGCCACCCACCCGUUCGCUCCCUCGGGGGACGGUGACGACCCCCAGGGUGUCUCGGCCCACUCCGAGCAUGCGCAUGGAGACUACUCCCCUUCCCACUGCCAGAAAGGCCCCACCAACAAGCCAGAUCCCUGCCACAGCCCGCAGGAAGGAGUCCAAGCAAGACACCAAAAAGAUGAUCAACCAAAAACCAACCGUUGAGCCCUCUGAAGUACCCAGUACUGUAAAGCCAACAAGGAGGAUGACUGACAACACAACCAGCAAUGUCCACUUUGUCACCCUGAAGCAAACCCCACCGAACCCAAGCAAUGGACCCGUUCCAAAGAAGCAUGUGCCGUCCCCCACCAGGAAAGCAGAUCCCAGCAAUGUCGCUCUGGUGCACCCCAAACCACCCCUGGGGUCUGCCCGUCCCGUCUCCAGAGCCAGGGCACCGGUCUUCAACCUCACAACCCCCGCUGCCACUGAUGGCUAUCAGAUCUUUGACCCGCUCGGACCCACUCAGUUUCCAUUUUUACUGGGAUAUCCAGGCGUGAAAGGAGAGAGAGGACCUCAGGGUCCACCAGGUCUGCCGGGCUUACCAGGACCACCUGGCAAGAGAGGUUCCCGAGGUCCCCCAGGUCCCCACGGAAACCCUGGUUCACCUGGCCCCCCAGGCCUGAAAGGUCAGAAAGGUGAUCCUGGGUUGUCGCCUGGAAAAGCUCGCAACGGACAGAAGGGAGACGUGGGCUUACCUGGUUUGACUGGGUUCCCUGGACCACCUGGUAGAAAGGGAUAUAAAGGCUACCCUGGACCACCAGGUCACCCUGGAGAGCAGGGCGAACGAGGACCAGAUGGAAGUCCAGGUGCCAAAGGUUAUCCUGGCAGGCAGGGUUUACCUGGCCCCAUAGGGGAAGCUGGUCCAAAAGGCAGUCGGGGAUAUAUUGGUCUCCCAGGAUUAUUUGGACUACCAGGAGCUGAUGGAGAACGAGGGAUCCCUGGAGUUCCUGGGAAGAGGGGCAAGAUGGGUAGGCCGGGUUUUCCUGGUGAUUUUGGGGAACGAGGACCUCCAGGCAUCGAUGGGAACCCAGGAGAAUUGGGAGCCCCAGGUCCUCCUGGAGUCCUUGGACUCAUUGGUGACAUGGGCUCUGUUGGACCAAUAGGCUAUCCAGGACCAAAAGGCUUAAAGGGGCUGAUGGGAAACCCUGGAGAACAUGGACUGAAAGGUGAUAAGGGUGAUCAGGGAGGAGCAGGUGUUCCAGGAGAUAUCGGCUUCCAAGGAGACAAGGGCAGCCAGGGUUUGCCUGGGGUCCCUGGGGCACGAGGCAAAGCAGGUCCCCUGGGAAAGGUCGGAGACAAAGGUCCGGUUGGGUUUCCAGGACCACCCGGCCCUGAGGGCUUCCCAGGUGACAUUGGGCCACCAGGAGAAAAUGGUCCUGAAGGCCUGAAGGGAAAGCCAGGAGCACGAGGUUUACCUGGGCCGAGAGGACUGCCUGGACAAGAGGGAGAUGAAGGACCCUUAGGACCACCAGGAGUCCCUGGUCCAGAGGGUCGAUCUGGCCGGAAGGGAUUUCCAGGAAGACCUGGUCCCGAUGGUCUGAAGGGUGAGCCAGGAAACCGAGGCCGACCAGGGAAAGUUGGUGAGCAGGGUCUAAUGGGUUUCAUUGGUCCCGUAGGGGAGCCUGGAAUAGUGGGAGACAAGGGCGACCGUGGCUCGGUGGGACCCCCAGGCCCUCCAGGAGUCAAGGGGUCGAUGGGGCACCCCGGGAUACCAGGAGGAGUGGGUGUUCCUGGGAUCCCUGGACCAACAGGUCCGGCAGGAGUCCGUGGUGCGCCAGGGAUAAGAGGGAUGAAAGGCCGCAGGGGUGCCAGAGGGCCUGAUGGACCAGUAGGUGAGCCGGGGUCACGAGGUGUCAAGGGCCGACCAGGGGAGCCAGGAAAGCUGGGGCCAGAUGGGCUGCAGGGGAAGAUGGGUGAGACUGGGGAGACAGGAGCACGUGGCUUCCCAGGUAUCCAAGGACCUUCUGGACCUCCAGGAGCAAAAGGGGCUCCAGGCGACCCGGGUCCACAAGGACCACAGGGGCCACCUGGGCCUUUGGGAGAAAUCGGGCAUAAGGGACCGCCUGGCUCAAUGGGACAACCUGGCCUCGCAGGUGAACCUGGCAUGAAGGGUGAUCCUGGCCUGUUGGGAGUCCCUGGAGAGCAAGGUCUCAUUGGCCAAAGAGGAGAAUCGGGGCUGGAAGGGGACAGCGGGCCACCCGGGCCAGACGGUGUCAAGGGAGACAAAGGAGAGCAAGGCCUGGAAGGAGAGAAAGGAGAAAAAGGCAACGAAGGACUGAAGGGAAAAGAAGGGCCUCCUGGAUAUCCCGGCAUCACAGGUGUCCGAGGACCAGAAGGGAAACCAGGAAAACAGGGAGAAAAGGGCAAGCCUGGCCAGAAGGGCAGCAAGGGCUACCAGGGGCAGCUCGGCGAGACGGGAUCUCCAGGGAAGGAGGGGCCAAAGGGGAACCAAGGCCCUAAAGGAUCCCGAGGUACCCUGGGACCUAUGGGUGCUCCAGGAAGGAUGGGUGCUCAAGGGGAACCUGGCUUAAAGGGUUACCAGGGACAUGCAGGACCACCAGGGCCAAUUGGACCACCAGGGCCAAAGGGAGAAAAGGGAGAACAAGGCGAUGAUGGGAAGGUAGAAGGACCACAGGGACCACCCGGAGACAGAGGCCCCGUUGGUGACAGAGGUGAUCGAGGGGAGCCUGGAGACCCUGGUUAUCCUGGUCAAGAAGGGCUUGAUGGAGAAAGAGGAAAACCUGGACAGCAAGGCUUACCUGGGGAUCCUGGGCCACCAGGCCAGCCAGGAGCAAAGGGAUCCAAAGGUGAUGUGGGUCAAAAAGGAAAGCAAGGAGCACGGGGCAAUGCAGGGAGUAGAGGCUCACCGGGCAUCCUUGGGCUACCAGGUCCUCGAGGAGUGGUGGGAAGGCAGGGUCAAGAGGGUGCCCCUGGAGUGGACGGGGUGCCUGGGAAGGAUGGCGUGCCUGGGAUGCUGGGAGAGCAGGGUGAUGACGGGGAAGAAGGUGUGACAGGGAUGUCAGGCAAAAGAGGGAACCCUGGCAUACCAGGACUCCCUGGGGCACAAGGACCACCAGGAUUCAAGGGUGAAAGAGGAUUGCCUGGACAGACUGGCCAAACAGGGAAGCGAGGAUCACCAGGAGGAACAGGCCUUCCAGGGAGCCCCGGCGAUCCGGGACCCAAAGGACAGCCGGGAGACUUUGGCGAGGCAGGAUUUCCAGGGAUUGCGGGCAUGUUUGGGCCAAAGGGCCCCCCAGGAGACCUCGGUUUCAAAGGCAUUCAGGGACCACGUGGGCCGCCUGGUCUCAUGGGAAAAGAAGGAAUUAUUGGUCCGCUUGGCAUUCAGGGUCCCACGGGAAGCCCAGGGCCCAAGGGAGACAAAGGCAGCCGCGGAGAAAUGGGUCUGCAAGGUCCAAGGGGUCCUCCAGGCCCACGAGGACACCCUGGCCCUCCGGGACCACCAGGAAUUCCAGCCUCAUUUCAACAAGACGGCUUUGGGGCAGCUUUCCAGACGCUAAUCGACUCAAACACCGCGUUCAAGACAGAGGGUUACCAACAUCCAGACCUUCUCAUGCUGGACCACGGAGGGGAGAUCUUUAAGACUCUACACUACCUCAGCAACCUCAUUCAGAGCAUCAAAAGACCCCUGGGAACCAAGGAAAACCCUGCACGCAUCUGUCGAGACCUCAUGAACUGUGAACAGAAGAUGAACGAUGGUAUGUACUGGAUCGACCCAAAUCUUGGCUGUUCCUCGGACACCAUACAGGUCAUCUGUAACUUCACCAAUGGUGGGCAGACGUGUCUCAGCCCCAUCACCGUCUCCAAGCUGGAUUUUGACAUCGGUAGAGUCCAGAUGAACUUCCUCCGCCUCCUGAGCUCAGAGGUGGUGCAGCACAUCACCAUCCACUGCCUGAAUACCUCCGUCUGGCGGGAAGGAUCAGCCGAGAAACCGUCGGAAAAAGCCGUGCGCUUCAGGGCCUGGAACGGACAGAUGUUUGAGGCAGACGGGCAGCUCCGGCCAGAAGUGGCAGCUGAUGAUUGCAAGAUCAAGGAUGGACGGUGGCAUCGGACUCUCUUUUCGUUUCGGACACAGGACCUCCAGCAGCUGCCAAUCGUCAACAUCUACAACCUUCCCCCAUCCGAGCCAGGAAAGCAAUAUCACCUCGAGGUCGGCCCCGUGUGCUUCCUUUGAACAAAGCCAUCGAAACCGGGCUCCAAGGCUUUGACCCCCCGUUUGGCCUAUGUCUUUACACAGGCUCUCCCACCUCUCUGCAGCAAGGACAGCUGGGCUGUAUCUUUUGGGUCAACUCUUGCUCUAGCCUUUGGCUCAAGGUCUCAAAGAACCCGUGAUCUACUGAACUCAGCAGAUUGUUGAAAGGAGGAAUAACAAGGGCGUAGGGGAAGCGGGUAUCAGGCGGGACGUGAACAGUGAAAAGGGAUCAGGGGACUAGAUGUUGCAAGCGAUUCCACACACAAAGCUCUUUCCAUGACCAAAGAAA